GUAGAGUGUCCCCGCUUCACUGCAAACGAUACACAUGUACAAGUAUUUUCUUCAAGGAUGAAGAUUCCCACUAAACUAUCUCUAUCUUUGCUGUCCCUAACAGUUCUGUGGGGAGGAUGGCUUCACUGCCCUGCGGAUGGAAACAAAGGUAAGUCUUUGAUAUUUAACUGUUUUCCUGUGCUCGUCCCUCUUUUGUUUGGAAUUCCGGUCCGUUAUUUCUCCGAAAUAAGCUAGCAAUGUAAUAAUUGUGAAUUUAUCGCGCGACAGGAUAUAUAUUAGGAAAUUCAAAAAAGAUAACUUUCGCCUUGAAGGUUAUUCCUAACAAGAGAAUAAGGACAAACUUACUCUGUUCAGGGCUAUGUAUUUUGGUUGUUUGUUCAAUAACGCCAUAACAGGUAUUUUAGAGUUUUAACUGAAAAAGAAACCAUUAUGCCUUGCAGACCUUAAUAAAUAGAUUUUUAAAAAAAAUGAUUAAUAGAAGGGACUAGACCACCUUGGUUUUCUUACAAGGUUCAAAAUUGCUUAGAGAGUUGCGUUUUACAAGAAAUACUAUUUUGGAUACAGAUAAAGCGUAUACGUGUUAUGUAGCACUUGGUAAUAAUCGUCAUACGUUAUAAUACCUGUCGGAUUUUGUAUUAGCGCUUGUCGCAGCUUAUAAUUAAAUGCUGUCCCACUUUGGCACCCACUUUAGUUUUGAACAUUGUCGAUGUUAUUUCUAUGAACAAUAAGUUUUUAAGAAAAGGAAAAUUGUGGUCGAUUUUUAAGUUGAAAUAACAAGAAAAACUUGCCAAUCUAUUUUAUUUUCCAGUAAAAAUAUUGAAGUUCUUUCAAGUAAACUCAAGACAGUGAAACUGAUGGCUGUUAUUAAACAGUUGUCAGUCAUUUAAGCAAUCUGCACUAAAUACACUACUUAACUGAAUGCACUACUUAAGUGCGGCUAUCGCUAAGGGCGGUCCACUCGACUUCCCGUCGGAAAAAGUUUCCUUUUAUUUUUUGCCUAUGAAAAGGGUUUAGGACACAUGUAAGCUAUGCACUGAUAUGCUUUUUGAGAUCCAUUAACGCCUGCAUUUUGAGAAUCAUUUCGUACAAUUUGGUUAAUUUGUGAUAUGCAAAUUAAAGUCGAAGAAAGGGAUCUCCUCUGAUCACACUGAUAUGAAAAAUAUUUCAGUUGAAGUUUCCAUAUUUUGUUUGUGACCUAACUGAAUACACCUUGUAACUUGUAGCAAAAUAGAAUUCUACGAGCUAUAUCAUUGCAGUCGCUGCGCGCUGGACAAAAUCUGUGAAAUCUACACUUUCGCUGUCCUCACGGACGGUCUGGCCAAAAAUUAUUUUUCGCUAGUGGCGACGCAAAUUUUGGAGCGAUUCUGGUUUUCUUGCUGAGAAUUACAAAUUGGUUGUUUACGUAGACACCAAGGCGCCUAAGAGAUUGUAACUUGAAUAGAAAAAAGGAAAAAUGAGAAAAGAAAAGAAAAUGUUGAGUUUCCAUAAUGUUACGGCCUAAAUGUCAUUUCUUUGUAAAAUUGUGUAAGCUUUUGAAACUUGUCGAGCAUUGCGCUCGCUCUUCAGCUGCCGGCUUGUGUAGCGCACUGGCUGAGUUCCCGAACUUAAGAAAACCUUCAUAAUGGCAUGCCCUACAUAUCACCACUCUUUCCCAAACUGCAUUUCGUUCCGUUAAAUAUCAGCUUUUCAGCACAAUAGGUCUUGAGACUAAAAGAAGAUGUAUGUAAACGAAAUUUGAGAGGAAGAACGAUUUGCAACGAGGCAGAGUUUUUAGUCGCUCAUUAGCAUUUACAAAGACAAACAUCAGAUAUUCUGUUUGCUCAUCAACACCAAAACAGGUGGUUUCUUCCCUUAACUAAAAUAACAUAGAGUUUUAUAAUUCAGGCCGAACAUAUUUUCACACAUUUUAUGUAUAAGGCGACAUAAGCCAACCAGAGUUUUCAAAUAGGUUUAAAGCUGUUAAGAUUGCAGGGCAAGUAAAAAAAUCUGAUAUUCUCUACCGAUGGAAAAAACAGUUGUAAUGUGAAAAUUACCUCGUAAUAAAAAAAAAACACUUUAUUUUUAAGAAACUGAAAAUUCAUAUUAAAGUCUGAAAAUUUCUUUUUAAAGCAAUUUUAUGAUAAAAUAAUCUCUUGCAUCAGAUUGUACGUGGAGGGAUAAGUCUGAAAGCCAACUGAUUUAUCUUUUAGCCAUCUUUUACGAACUACCUUAACACCAAAAGCCCUUUUAAUGCAAAAGACUGCCAUGAAGAUCUAACUGUAACAUUUUUUCCGUUAUUUAUUAUGCUAUCAGUGGAGUCACUUUAAAAAGAUUUAUUUGUGUUUCAUUAAUUAACGGACUGAAAAUGGUAGGGUUGUUGAUUUAUUGUUUUUUUUUUUUUUUUUUUUUGUGCUGACCCGAAGUGUUUUAAGGUGCAAUAAUAAAUUCUGUAAUAUCUGAUAGUAGUAUUCCCGUUUCUAAUCAGAGCGUAAGUAUUUCUUUCGCUGAAAUUCUGAUCACAUUUUUCCUUAUGAAUCCAAUCCCUUCCAGAUUUUGGCUGCCGAAGUCUUAGGUUUAAGAGGUCAGAAGGAGAACGUGCUCCUCAACGUUACGUAUUUAAAGAAUUUUACUUGCCAAUGGGAAAGGAGCUCAUGACUCAUGACUGUAGAUAUGAGUGCCUCAUAGAGAGCAAUUGUUUGUCUGUGAACAUCGGCCCACCAAACGAGACAGGCUUCAGGCUCUGCCAACUGAGUAGUUUUGACCACACCCAACAUCGCGAAGAUAUCUCUUUAUUUGAUGUUCCCAACCUUUUCUUGUUUAUUUUCAAACUUUUUAGAUGUGGACGAGUGUACCAGCCACAUCCAUGGCUGUCACUAUAAUGCAAGUUGCAAUAACACAGACGGCUCUUACACAUGCAAAUGCAAAACGGGAUUCAAUUGC